UUCGCUCACGGUUGGUUGUAGAGAGAUGUUGUGGAACGAUGUUGUGUACGUAUCGCUGCUGUUAAUCUCCGUGGCGGUCGGGCCUUUUUAUCGUUCGGUGCAAGGACCUUAUGCAAAACAAUGGCUCGCGACUCUUCUUGGUUUCGCGUUAGUGAUCUGUGUUUCAGGAUGGUCAAUCUUGCACCCGCUCAUUAUAGUUCUCGUCAACGCUAUUAUCAUAACCAACUUGUCAUGGAAAAAAUGCCAUCUAGUCAGCUUAUUUUUCUCCUUCUUCUACUUACUGGUGAUCUUUCGAUUGGGUGACUAUUUCGGAUUGCCAAGUUCACCGACUCAUACAAAUCUCGUUGUAAUGAUACUCGCAUUAAAAUUACCUGGAUUGGCAUUCGAAAUCAAUAAUGCAGCUACAGCGCCAAGUGAUGAUGUUCAAGGGACAGGUUCGGAAGCACUCAAGAACAUCAGCUUCAUGGAUGUGAUACAUUACAGUUUUGGUUACAUGGGUGUUCUAACAGGUCCGUAUUACCGCUAUAGAACAUACUGGGAUUCUUUGCACAGGCCUUUUUCCAAGCAUGUCGAUCCGUGGCCGCUCACGUUUUACAAGCUCAAGCAAAUCGCAGCAUUCAUCGCACUUUUUCUAGCAAUGAACCAUCUCUUCCCCAGCGAUUACACGCAAACGCUGGAGUUUGAAGAACACAGUUUCAUAUAUAGAUUCUUUUACAUGUAUCCGGCAUUCGCCAGCUUCCGACUGAGAAUGUUUAUUGGCAUGGCUCUGGCUGAAUGCGUCUGUCAGAUGUCAGGAUUAGGAGCUUAUCCGGUCCACUGCCAGCCCAUACCUGGUCUAGGUCCGCGCGAUUACAAAACAAUCGAGAAAUUGUCAGCGGAUGAAGAAAAACUGAAGGGUAUGGAGCAAGACUUCGAGACUGUGCACAAUAUGAACGUGUGGGAAGUGGAAACUACUCCAUUCGUUAGGCACACGAUGAAAAUGUGGAAUACGUGUAUACAGUACUGGAUGGCUAUAUGCGUUUAUAAGAGAUUCCCCCAUAAAGGGCUGAGAACUAUAGCCACGAUGCUUCUCUCUGCUUUAUGGCAUGGCUAUGCUGCAGGUUACUAUUUUUGCAUCUGCCAAGUUCCGCUCUAUUUACCUUUCGAGGACAUCAGCACCAAGUUCUACAAUCAGUGCGAUCCGAACGGAUUCGGUAAAAAGGCUUGGGGAUUCUUCCUAUGGUGGGCGAAACUCACGUGCAUGGCGUAUCUUGGUGUACCGUUCCAGUUGCUACAUCUUCAAGAGAUAAUACACUUUUACAAGAGUCUAUACUUCUCUGGACAUAUCUUAGGACUUGUAUUAUAUUUAUUUGUUCGAGUCCUGAAGAUUUACUUUUUGAAACGACGCCCAAGCGAAGACGAUAAGAACAAGUAACUCUUUCGUUCUUCUUCGCUGAGCUUUGUUGUUUUUUAAACAGGGAUUCCUGUAUCAGAGUACCAUAUGGAAGAAUAUUUCUAAAGCCAUUUUUUUGGAAAAGAGUGCAAAACUUUCACCAGACAUCUCUGGAUUUUCUUCUUGUGCCAUAAACGAGGAACGGCAGUUUUAUUUCUUCGAACUUUUCAACUGAUAUACAAUCAGUUUCAUGUUCAAAUUUUGCGAUAUUAAUUCAUACAUUAGGAAAAUUGUAGGACCCGAACCUCCUUAUAACAUUUAGGAAGAUGUCAGGUAUGUGAGAUAUUGAAAGAUACCGGAGAGGAAAAAAAAGAAUGCCGAAAAGCGAGUUUGGGAAUCUCUGCUUUAGAUUUCUCAAAAAGUGCGUUGUAAAGACAAAAGAAACUUAUAAUCUUCCGCGUCGUUUUGAUAAAGCGUACGAUCAAAAAGUAGCGAUCAUUGUUAAUAUUUUUUUACGUGGUACCAGUGUAUCGGAAUACCGGGAAUACCGGGUAUUGGAAGAUAUCACUAGUACAAAUUUGAGUGCCACUUAGUUAAAGUUACACGCUCUCUGAAAUAUUCUUAUAAUCCUAUGCAAUACGAGUGUCUGAAAGAGACGUCUUAUUUUUUUUUUGUUGAGAAUCUAGACAUCCUUUACGACAUAUUUCGAACAUCCGUGUUGUUUCUUAUUAGGAAAGGUAGAAAGUAUCGUUCGUGUAUCAUAUGAAUGUAAAACGGAAACAUAGGGAUACAUUUGUGGACGAUAGUCGAAAAGAGCAAUAAAAAAAUAUAUUUCUUUACCUGAUACCAGAUUUUUAUUAAUCUUUGCAACAUCUGCACAAUCCAUUGUUGUACAUGUUACUUCGUUAAGAUGAAAUAUUUUAUACGGUCAUUUUUAAAACACACUUUCCACAUAUGCGAAUACUUACAUAGGCCCGUGAGCAGUUACACACUUUAGAUCUGAAAGAAAGACAUGGUGAAACAUGGGAAAAAAUCUUCCUAGAAAACAUAUUCCUUCCAAGUUUCUUCGGUCGGUGUGACGCUGUUGCGAGUAUCAAAUCUUUCGCAGGCAGGUGAUGUGUGGCAAUUGCUCGGGACUGAGAUAAUGCAAUAGCAUCGUCGUCUCAUGCGUUAACACCGAUUCCGUGUUCGGACGCUCAAAAAUUCCGCCUAUAUCCAUCUUAAACCUUUCUAGACUCAGCUCUCCUAUCCUCAUUACUUGUAACAUUUGCUAAUAUACGUGACAGUUGAAAACACACGAUAAUUUAUGAUAAAAAAAAAA